UCAGCAUUUAAAAGUGCAACCGUCAAUCACCGUGAAACACACGCUGGAGGCAAUUUCCCAUAUAUUCCCGGUGAUUACCUCGCUCCGUUAUUAGAUUUAUUCGAACUCAACUCACGUUCGUCACUUUUAAAUGCCUUGCGCCUGCGCGUAAAGAAUCCGGGAGCUGUCCAAGUGCUGAACUGAAAGAAGAAAAAGAAGAAGGGGGGAAAAAAACGAGGCGUUCCUCUCUCAUUCCUUGACAGCCCCUCUCACCUGAAAACGGUUUCACUUCAUAGAUGCCAGCAAGCCUGGAAGCAGGUCGAAGCCUUUUUAGAUCUCAAUCCACCGCCUGAAGAGGAGCUGCAAGUCGACGCGUCUUGGAGUUAACAUAAUUUCGACGGUUCUUUUAUUUUUAUUAUUUUUAUUUCCUCCCCCCUCCCCCUCCCCCCCCCGACCCCAAGGACUGUUGUUUCUCCCCGCCUUUGCUUCGAGCAGUUUGAUUUUGUGUGCUGGAGUUUUUCUGUGAAACUGAACUAUGAUCUUUGGCCGCUUUGAGGAAUGUCUCCCGCGUUUCUGCGUGACCCGAGACAGCCCGAACGCCAACGACUUGGUCAGGAGGAGAACGCCGCUGUUCCCGUCUGGAUUAUGUGUUUGACUGAUGUGAACCAUAUGGAAGAAAUAGAAUAGAAAAGUGAAGCACAUGGGGAAACCACCGGGAAUGAAACAAUCCUUCUUUAAGGUUUUAGCAGCUAUCUUCACAUACUUCCUGGAGAUGAGCAACUUCAGAGCUGUGGUCGCCAAGGAGUACGAUUCCAGGUCCUCAUCCAACAUGUCUCCAUCAGACUUUCUGGACUCCUUAAUGGGUCGCACGUCCGGGUACGAUGCACGAAUUAGACCCAAUUUCAAAGGUCCUCCUGUAAACGUUACAUGCAAUAUUUUUAUCAACAGCUUCGGCUCUGUCACAGAGACGACGAUGGUGAGUUCUUCUGGAUUUUAUAUUGACGUCUUCCCUGUCCGAUUUGUGAAUGUGUUAUUUAUUCCUCAACCUGCAGGUCCACCAGUUAAUGUUACCUGCAACAUAUUUAUCAACAGCUUUGGUUCAAUAGCAGAAACUACUAUGGAUUACAGAGUGAACAUCUUCCUGAGGCAGAAGUGGAAUGACCCACGGCUGGCGUAUAGUAAAUACCCAGACUCCUCGCUCGACCUGGACCCUUCCAUGCUGGACUCCAUAUGGAAGCCAGAUCUUUUCUUUGCCAACGAGAAGGGGGCCAACUUCCACGACGUCACCACGGACAACAAGCUGCUGCGCAUCUUCAAGGAUGGAAAUGUGCUUUACAGCAUCAGGUUGACUCUCAUUCUGUCCUGUCCGAUGGAUCUGAAAAACUUUCCCAUGGACGUUCAAACUUGUACGAUGCAGCUGGAAAGUUUUGGCUACACCAUGAAUGACCUAAUUUUUGAGUGGCUGGAGAACGGCGCAGUGCAGGUGUCAGAGGGACUCACCCUGCCUCAGUUCAUUAUGAAGGAGGAGAAAGAGCUGGGCUACUGCACUAAGCAUUACAACACUGGUAAAUUCACCUGCAUCGAAGUUAAAUUUCACCUGGAACGACAGAUGGGCUACUACCUGAUCCAGAUGUACAUUCCGUCACUUCUCAUUGUCAUCCUCUCAUGGGUGUCUUUUUGGAUAAAUAUGGAUGCUGCUCCUGCAAGAGUUGCAUUGGGCAUCACCACUGUGCUUACGAUGACCACUCAAAGCUCUGGCUCUCGAGCUUCUCUUCCAAAGGUCUCGUACGUGAAAGCCAUUGAUAUCUGGAUGGCUGUGUGUCUGCUCUUUGUAUUUGCUGCAUUGCUAGAAUAUGCUGGGGUUAAUUUUGUCUCCAGGCAACAGAAAGAGUUCCUCCGCCUGAGGCGAAGACAAAGAAGGAAUCACAAGGAGGAUGAAGGCCGCUUUAAUUUAACUGGGUACAACAUGAGCCAGUGCAUGCCAACAAAGGAUGGCUCGGCUGUUAAGAAUGCGGUUCCCGCCACGAACCCCCAGCCUUCAACUCCAAAGGACAUAGACGCUAUGAGGAAAAAGUUUGUGGACAGAGCCAAGCGGAUAGACACAAUCUCCAGGGCGGCCUUCCCGCUGGCUUUUCUGAUCUUCAACGUCUUCUACUGGAUCACAUAUAAGAUCAUCCGACACGAAGACGUUCACAAACAGUAAUGGCUUAACCCUCUGCUGAUAACGUUUUAUCUUCCCAUUUCUCAAAUUGAGAAAUGCUCGGGAAACCGUGUGCCGAGAGGCACCACGGCGACAAUGGAGACGCUUUUUCAGGGAUAAUGUACAAUGUUCAUGCGUCAUAAAGAUCAAAUACUAUUGUAUCUGGUGAGGUGAAGGUUCUUGAAAAUAAGAUGCUUUGUUUGUUCUUGUACUGCUCCAUAAUAUCUGAUGCAGACUUAGUUCGCUGCUGGAGAAGAUGGACCAAAACCCCCUUGAAUCGCCCAGCCCAGGCAUCUCUACAACGAAGGAAACAUUCCAUGGGUUUGUGACUGUAGCUAGCUUAGAUCUUCAAAGACUUUUUUGAUGCAAAAUUUCUUAUCGAGGAUGUUCAAACUGUUUUAUAGUGUAGUAUUGUUUUUUGGCACUUCUUCCUCUCUGUCUAAAAUAAGUUCUAAGCAAGCAGAGCAUGUAUAGAUGUAUUAAAUAUUAAGGAGCUGCACAUGUCUCAGGUACGGCUGUGAAGGAAGGAGAUGGAAAUCUGGGGAAGGAGCCUGGAGAUUCCAUUUUUAUGAAAUACCUGAAGCCUUAGAUAUUUGAUUUGGUUUGGAUGAAGUGCUAUGCUCUUGUAUUUUUUUUCCACGCUUCUAUCUAACAAGUAUUCACGGAUAACUGAUGUCACACAAAGUUGUGAAUUUUGUUCACGUGUUUUUAAUUUCUGCCUUCCAUUUUUGAAGUGAUUUAUUAAAUAAGCUGUCACAGGCUGACUUUUAAACAAAUGUAUAACUGGGCAAGCAAACUCUGAUUGUACAUUAUUCUGUGUUGUCAUAUGCAUAUUUAUUUAUACCCCAGGUAAUUACUCCAGGUAUAUUUCGUACUCUGUUUUGUAGAUUUAGCUAAAUGAAAUAUUUAUUGUAAUGACUCAAAGGUUAUGUUUAUAAAAUUGAUAUCUUUGUGUAAACUUAUUCAGCUUCCACUGCAGACUAUUUCCUUCACUUUGAGUAUUCAUGGAUGCAAUCAGCAGUGAAGAACAAGUCUUCAUUCAACAUUCAUAGUACAGAGCAGCUAAUGGCAAUUGCACUCCUGGGAAAUAUCUUUUCUUAAACGCUAUUCAUGAAGAAAUACGAUUUACUGGCUUGUAUAUCAAUAAAACUGACUGUGCAUCAUG